ACAAUAGGACAGAUCUUGCAAAUCCUCCUGGGCCUGCUCUGUUCUCUUUUUUCUUCUGCAGGAGGGCCUUGUGUCCUUCGAGGAGGUGGCUGUGUGUUUCUCCGAGGAGGAGUGGUCUCAGCUGGAUCCUCACCAAAAAGCGCUGCAUUGGGAAGUCACGCUGGAAAAUUGUAGGAACGUGGCCUCUCUGGGUAAUAAUGGGCAGGAGAAUAAAGAUUCCAGUGAACCAUCCCAAAUGAUCAGGCAGGGAGAUGGGACAGAGAAGCCUGCAAUUCAAGUGGACCUAGGAAGGCAUGAGAGGAACCAGUCAAAUAAUUGGAAUACGGAAAGCUCAUCUUCCAUCGAUGCUCAGAUGCCAGACUUUCUCGACCAGCAAGGAAAAAUAAAGAAAAAAUAUAUUGGGAAAAGUUUAAGACUAUUCAAAGACAAAUUAGAUGUAAAUGAACACUAUCCAACCCAAACCAAAGAAGAUUAUAUAUGCCAAGACAAUGGAAAAAAUUACAAUUGGACUUUCACUCUUUCUGGUGAAAAUGGGUCCCUUACCUAUGGCAAAAAGAUCCACCCAGAGGAGAAGCCAUAUAAGUGCACGGAAUGUGGAAAGUCAUUUACCUGUAGGAGUAAACUUACUCUCCAUAAAUGGAUCCACACAGUAGAGAAGCCAUAUAAAUGCAUUGAGUGUGGAAAGGGCUUUGCUCAGAAGUAUAAUUUUAAUUCCCAUAAAAGGAUCCACACUGGGGAGAAGCCAUAUAAAUGCAUGGAGUGUGGAAAGACCUUUAUUCACAGCGGCCAACUUACUUGCCAUAAAAGGAUCCACACGGGGGACAUGCCAUAUAAAUGCAUGGAGUGUGGGAAGGGCUUUAGCCAACUCAGAAAUCUUACUUCCCAUUAUUGGAUCCACACAGGGGAGAAGCCAUAUAAAUGCAUGGAGUGUGGCAAGGGCUUCAGCCGACUUAGUAAUCUUACUUCCCAUAAAAGGAUCCACACAGGGGAGAAGCCAUAUAAAUGCACAGAGUGUGAAAAGACCUUUAUUCAGAGUGGUCAACUUACUCACCAUAAAAGGAUCCACACAGGGGAGAAGCCAUAUAAAUGCAUAGAGUGUGGAAAGGGCUUCAGUGAAAAUGGGUCCCUUACAUCUCAUAAAAGGAUCCACACAGGAGAGAAGCCAUAUAAAUGCAUGGAGUGUGGAAAGACCUUUAUUAAGAGUAGUCAACUUAAUUGCCAUAAAAGGAUCCACACAGGAGAGAAGCCAUAUAAAUGCAUGGAGUGCGGAAAGGGCUUCAGCCGACUGAGUAAUCUUACUUCCCAUAAAAGGAUCCACACAGGGGAGAAGCCGUAUAAAUGCAUGGACUGUGGAAAGACCUUUAUUCAGAGUGGUCAACUUACUCACCAUAAAAGGAUCCACACAGGAGAGAAGCCAUAUAAAUGCAGAGAGUGUGGAAAGGGCUUUAUUCAGAGCAGUCAACUUAAUUCCCAUAAAAGGAUCCACACAGGAGAGAAGCCAUAUAAAUGCAUAGAGUGUGGAAAGGGCUUCAGUGAAAAUGGGUCCCUUAUGAGACAUAAAAGGAUCCACACAGGGGAGAAACCAUAUAAAUGUCCAGAGUGUGGAAAGAGCUUCAGAACAAGUGGUUACCUUACUUACCAUAAAAGGAUCCACACAGAAAAGAAACCAGUUAGGAAUAAUCAGGAGAAUGAGAAUGAAAGUGACUCCAGUGUGCUGAUGUUGCAAACGAUGAAGCAAGAAGGGAGAUAUUUGGAAAUCAGUGGGGACCAAAAUAAAAUCCUAUGAUAUUAAGAAAAGCUAUUUAAGAGAACUACAGUUCCUCCUGACCAAACAUCCAGAAAUGAGAAGGGGUGUUGCCCCUGAGAUGUGAAGAUACCAAAACAUAAUCAGACUUACAUCCACGGUGUAGAACCGAGUCAACCAGCAUGAAUGCCAAAGCGUGGAACCUUUUUCAGUCAAAGGCCUCUCCUUAAGUGAGAGAAUUGCCACAUACAUAUCAAUGUCUAGUGUGUGGAAAGAGCUUCAGGAUGAAGAAUUCCUCUCACAAAAGGAGCCAGAAUGAGGCGAAGCCCCAAAAUGCACAUGCAAAACA